CAGUAUUCAUCAUAAUAACAUUAACAAUUUAUCAUGUGGCAUGAAGUAUGCAAAUUGCCAGUGAUCUCCAGCAAAGUAACGCCCAUAUAGAUAUAGCAUUAUAACCAUACACUUCAUAUAAUUAAUACUGUCCGUCCAACUAUUGACUUGCAGACCCUAAUGAGAAAAGGUGACUCAUGAAAUUUGGAAGUGUACAAAGUGAAAGGGAAGUUUAAAAUAAAUUAAAAAAAAAGAAAGAAAAAGUUAAAAAUUUCCAGAUGAUGUGGGAAAAUGUGGAGAUAUAAUUAAUGAUAAUUUUUGUAUGGUAAAAGAAUUCAAGUACAAUGCAACUAUGCAAGGAAGCAAUAUUCUGAGGCCUGGCAAGGACUAGCCUUUCCAGUUCAGGAUGAUCAAAUACAAUUCCAUACCUGAAAAUUUAGGCUCUAGUGGUGUAGAAAUACAUUCAGAUUAUGAAUUUCUGACCGUAUUUCAGGACGAUGAAAUUGUGGGUGGACUAGAAGUGAUGAACAAAUAUGGUGAAUUUGUUGCAGUUUAUCCUUGGCCAGGCACUCUGCUAGUCAAUCAUGGGGAUGUUACUGUGGUAUAUAUGUAAAAAUAUGCAUUUUUUGUUUUUAUUUUUUUUGUGUUAAUUAGAUAUAUAUUCCUCACACUUUACUCUUCUUAAUGACUAAUUAAUAUUAAAAAAUAAAAUAAAAUAAAAUAAAAUAUAUGACUAAUGCAUUGAAUCGAACAGAGAGAUAAUAGAGAUGUACAGUGGAUAUGCAUAUAAGGUGGCCAUGGAUAUAGGGAGAAGGAUUGCUAAAAGCUUCAGGGUGGUAAGGGAAUAUGAUCAUCUGUUCGACCACUGGCCUUGCCGGUUGAGAAUGAACAAAUAUAGUUUCACUUGUGGUGUGCAAUUGCACGCUAAUCCUGGAUUCCUGACUAUACUUCUACAAGUUGAAAUUGUCGGUGGUCUCGAAGUAGUGGACGACAAAUCUGGUGAAUUUGUGGCAGUAGAUCCUAGGCCCGGUACUCUCCUCGUUAAUGUUGGAGAUGCUGCUAAGGCAUGGAGCAAUAGGAGUUUCUGCAAUCUGAAGCAUCGAGUACAAUGUAAAGAAGCGAGUAUUCGUGUGUCAAUUGCUUUGUGUCUUCUAUGACCAAAAGAGGCAGCCAUUGAAGCCCCUCCAAAGCACGCGGACUCCAAGCACCCGCGUCUUUCUUUCCCUUUUAUUCAUGAAGAUUACCUCUAACUCCCACAAUCCACAAAAGUGAAACCUGAUGAAGCUCUUCAACAUAUACGUUCCACUACUACUGUUGAUUUGUGUUAGAAACCAUCAUGCAUGUUCUUAUUUAUUCUGUGGUCUAUGUACAACGUGUUUCAUGCCUUACUCUUUAAAUUAUCGAAUAAUUAACUAUAAUGCUUUCACUUGUACUUUUUUUAC